UUCUCAAAUGACAAGUCAUGUGAUCUGUUGCUGACAAAAAAACAACUGAAACCGACGGUCUUUCGGCAUUUGAAGACUCACACAUCUGUCGGGGAUCGAUCUGAUAGCUAACAUGCAGAACGCCAUUAAUUCCGUAAAAGGCACGGCCCUUGGUGUAGCCGAGUUUUUUACUCCAGUGCUGAAGGAAUCCAAAUUCAAGGAGACAGGAGUUAUCACUCCAGAAGAGUUUGUAGCUGCUGGAGAUCACCUUGUUCAUCACUGCCCCACAUGGAAAUGUAGUCCCAGAUGUCACAUCAUGUUUAUUCCAUCCAGGGUGUCUGGGGAAGAGGAGAAGGUGAAGCCGUAUUUACCCAAGGAUAAGCAGUUCCUAUUGACUCGCAAUGUUCCCUGCUACAAGCGCUGUAAACAGAUGGAGUAUUGUGAUGAACUGGAAGCCAUCAUAGAGGAGGAUGACGGAGAUGGAGGAUGGGUCGACACCUACCACAACUCAGGUAUAGGGGGAGUUACAGAAGCUGUACGAGAAAUCUCAUUGGACAACAAGGACAUGAACAUGAAUGUGAAGUCUGGUGCUUGUGGGAACGGAGAUGAUGAUGAUGAUGAUGAAGACGAGGCAGCAGAUAUGGAAGAGUAUGAGGAGAGUGGACUACUGGAAACAGAUGAGGCCACCCUGGACACCAGUAAAAUGGUGGACUUGUCUAAAUCCAAAACGGGAGAAGCUGGGAGCGAUGACAUCCUGCAGACUCGAACCUAUGACCUCUACAUCACAUAUGACAAAUACUAUCAGACUCCUCGACUCUGGCUGUUUGGAUACGAUGAGGACAGACAGCCCCUGACAGUGGAUCAGAUGUAUGAAGACAUCAGCCAGGAUCAUGUGAAGAAAACCGUCACCAUCGAAAAUCACCCCCACCUACCACCCCCAGCCAUGUGCUCCGUGCAUCCCUGCAGACAUGCUGAAGUGAUGAAAAGGAUCAUUGAGACGGUGGCAGAAGGGGGAGGAGAGCUUGGAGUUCAUAUGCAUCCUUUAAGUGAAUUGUCGGCUCAGCUGAAGUCAAGUGUUUUUAAUGCAGCUUGGGGAUUUAAGUGUAUCUGUUGAUUUUCUUGAAGUUUGUCCAGGCCGUCAUCCCCACGAUAGAAUACGACUACACAAGGCACUUCACCAUGUAGCUCCAUCCUACAGAGGUGUAGGCUACUCUUGCAAACAUCUUUGAGUGUAGGAGGAAUCUGUCUUCUGGCUGGCAGCGUUAGUGGGGUAUGGAAUGUUAUCUCUGGGAAUGACUCUUGGAAUAUUCUGGGUACUCUCACCCUCUUGGCGUGGGAAUAGGUUCAAUCGCUGAGGGGUUGAUGGGUGUGUACAGAUGUUGGUAAUGCUGUAAUCCCAAUGAUGUAAUGGCUUUAUGUGGUGACCGAUCUCGCAGUGUUUUUGUCUGGAAGAUUCUCACUCUGUACUUGGCAAAUGCUCUGCCAUUAACAACCAUUCAAAGAUAACUAUAUUUAUUUUACAUUAAUUCACUGACAGACAGGCUUUCAAGUUUUCUCCAUUUUGUUUUCAUAACCACACCUUCUUUUUUUUACCAUAGUAAUGGUGCCACUAAUGUCCUCUCAAAUGUUACCAGUUAAAUGUCGUUGAAAGAAAUCUAACAAAUGUUUUGUCCACAUUAUAGCUUUUUCAGUGUGAUGCACUGUGCUGGACUAAUGUUUGGACCUCUUUACUGUUUCAGACCCAUGCCAGUUUGUCUUAAUGGUAAAGUGUACAUGGUCUUUUGGGCCCAGGACCAUUGUUGGUUCCUGUAAGUGGGGUCGGUGUUUUCUUUGCCCAGCUCUUCUUUUUUUUCACAUUUCUUUUUUUGACCCUGUUCCUAGUUCCACUGUCUUGUCCUGUAGAGAUGACGUCAUGAUUGUGUCGUAUGAAUAUGUGAGCGUUACCAUUUUGUGUGAUGACGCGCAAUGCUACCUGUAUCACCAGAUUAUUCAAAGACACCGUAUAUCAGGAGUUUGACUGCGUCUUCUCUAAUAUAGAAAGAUGUCAGUUCUGCACAGUGCAUUAAUUGUUAACUAUAGUACUCUUCUCUUAACAGUAUGUAUAACUCACUCAUUAAUGCUGAAAUAUUGACUGUAAAAUGUCUGAGUAACUGACUCCAGAGUACUUGAUCUUUUCCUGAGAAUCAGCUGGACAGGUGUUGUGGCCCUUUAUCUGUUGAUCCUAUAGACUCCUUAUGUAACAGCUCAGUCUUAACACACUGAACAUGUUAAAGUAAUGUACAUUUAUAGCAAUAAAAAUCCCCAAUAUCAUAUGAUGGAUUGUAUACAUUAUGCUGUUAUAAACGACCUACCACAUUAUAAAGCA